AAUGAUCUGUGAACCAAUGUCGUCGGCCGGGUACGAAGAUGAAGAUCCCGACGACCUGCUGACGACGGUUUGCGUCCGGCCGAAAGGAACCUACACGAUUACAAGGAGGAUACGAUCGGCGAGCACUCUGGAGAGCUUGGAUUCGGUAUCCUCGAACUGGACGUCGGACGACGGAGAACGGGCAGAAAUUUACUGGGAACAGGACGAAGAGAACCUGAUAAGGGAUCGGGGUUCGGCGAAGGAUCUUGACUUAUACCGCAGUGAUAUCUCGCGUUACGGUGAAGUUGAGCAAUGGCCGGAGGGCCAAGAGGACGAAGAGGACGCCUGGCGCUCUUACGCUGACGCUCUCAGGAGCAGCAAGGACCACGGUGACUUGAAAUCCAGGUCGUCACGGAAGAAACGAAAGUCUGUUGGUUCUAGAAUGAGAACUGGAAGCAUAAGAACCGCUAAACAAGUCGGGUGCAAAAAGCAGAAAAAACGGCCGUGUCCCGAAGUCGCUAACGUGGAUCAGCUUCUUCAACGAAAGGUUGGAGACUUGCUGUUUUCACCGGCAUUAGAGCCGCCCAGGUCACCGGUUUACUUGGUGAAAAAGGUGUGCGACAGAAAAGUGUGCAAACAAAUCAAGGCCCGGAUUUGCAAGAAAUCGACGUGCGGAGCAUCCGCAUCGCCAGCUAAUUCACCUGCGAAAAACCGCAAGACGCAAGUCUGCAUGGGUGAUAAAAAGAAUGCGUCAUCGGAUAAGAAGAAAGUCUGUUCACCUUCCAGGCCCUUCGUAAUCGUAAAGGAACGGAAUAACAUGCAACGUUCGAAAGUGAACUACUUCGACGUAAUAUAACGAUUAUGUUGUUUAUUUUCAUUUCUCACGACCGGACUUUAUCAAGUGUAUGUGAUAGAUUUUUACA